AUGUCUUCACAACGACCUGGCCCUGUGCCCAAGUCAACCACUCCAUUCUGGAGAACAGAACGACAUGAGUUGGACACACAUCGCAGCACGCCUGAACUGCCCGAGGAGUGUGAUGUGCUGAUUAUCGGCGCUGGUUUCGCCGGGGCAGCUUUGGCACAUUAUAUCUAUGAAGACAAUCCUUCACCGCCGUCGGUGGUCAUCCUUGAGGCCAGAGAGGCAUGUUCCGGCGGCCACUUAAAACCCGAUGUGUAUUUCAACAUGCCGAAGUAUAUCAAGAAAUACGGCGUCAAGGCCGCUGUUGAAGUGUCCAAGUUUGAAGCAUCUCAGGUCUACGCCGUCAAGCAGCUCGUCGAGAAGGAGAAGAUUGAUUGCGACUUCGUCUUGACCCGAGCAUGUGAUGCUACACUGCACAAGGGACUCGCCGAAGAAACUGAUCGCGCUUUUGCAGAGAUGGUCAAGACUGGCGUGACGGAUUUCAAGGACGUCUAUCAUGCCAGACAAGAGGAUGCUGAGCGGGUCUCUGGCGUCAAAGGCGCUCUCUCCGCAUUCACAUUCACCGCCGGCCACAUCUGGCCCUACAAACUAGUCAUGCACCUCCUCCAAGGCGUCGUGUCCAAAGGCGCCAACCUGCAAACCAUGACGCCCGUCACGCACGUAUCCGAGCAUCCUCUCCCAGACGGUCGAUGGCUAGUUGAAACGGAACAGCGGGGCUCCAUCAAGGCCAAAAAAGUCCUGCUCGCCACCAACGCAUACACCGCCGACAUCGCACCCCAGUUCAAGAACCACAUCGUCCCGGUGCGCGGGAUCUGCAGCCGCAUCGUGGUUCCCGAGGGAAAAGUUAAGCCGCGUUUGACGCAGACAUACAGUAUCCGCCAGGGACCGUCCAUGUUCGACUACCUAAUCCCCCGACUUGACGGCAGCAUCGUGGUUGGCGGCGCGAAGCCCAAUUUCUGGUCCGACCCCUCGCACUGGUAUAAUGUCAAAGAUGAUAGCCAGCUGAUCGAGCCGGCGAAGCCCUACUUCGACGGUCUGAUGCAGAGGACGUUCAUUGGGUGGGAGGACAGCGGCGCCUACACUGACAAAGUGUGGACGGGAAUCAUGGGCUACAGCUCGGACUUCAUGCCGUAUAUUGGCGACGUGCCCGGUAAGCCGGGCCAGAUGGUCAUGGCGGGCUUCUCGGGACAUGGCAUGCCUUUGAUCCUGCUCUCGGCUAAGGCUGUGGUGCAGAUGUUGCGGCAUGGCAAGAGGUUCGAGGAGACGGGGGUCCCUGAGGUGUUUCGUGUCACGAAGGAACGAUUGGACAGUACUCGGAACGAUAUCCUGGGUGAUAACCAGGCUGGCGGGGUAAAAAGCAAACUAUGA